AUGAACCCAACAGAAUCCGAUCACCCACACCUCCCAACCAUCAAGAUCCACCACCCAUCCUCCCCACGCCACUCCCACUCCCACCACAACUCCUCCUCCACCCCCUCCGCCGCCACCCCCACCCCCACCGCCGGCGCCCGCCGCAAAAUCGGCGUCGCCGUCGACCUCUCCUCCGAAAGCUCCUUCGCCGUCCGCUGGGCCAAGAAGAGAGGGAGUGAUGGGAAGUUGGGGUCUGUUAGUGAUUAUUGUGUUCAUCAUUGUGUUUGUCCUGUUGUUGUUGUUAGAUAUCCUGAUGAUCGUGAUGGGACUCCCAAUGCUCUAUCUGGUGGUGAUGGAGGGACGAAGGAAGCUAUUGUUACGGUUAAAGCGGGGAGGGAUGAUGAUGGGGAGGAUGAUGAAGCUCAUGAGGCUAAGAUUGCUGCUGCUUCCGCUCAUCAUCAACACGUUAAAGGUACUACAUUUUUGUUGACUUGCGUAGGUUUGCUUAGGUGUCUGAGAGAGAUUGUGGUGGCAUAGAUAGGAUCAUAGGAACGUGUGAAAGCAUAUAUCUUUACUGUGGUUUUUAUGUUCUGUAGAUUUUAAAGUAUUGAUUGAUUUUGUUGAUGUUUGUUUUACUUUGUUUCAGAAUGUAAAGGUUGUUUUUUUUAGUCUGUUAUCAAACGUUCUGUUUUAGUAUCGAAAGUGGCGGAUGGUAGUUAUUCUCUGGUUUUUAUGUGUGGAGUGAAUGCUAUUUUCUUAGAGUCUUCGAUGAUUAUCUUGAGGUUUAGGCAGCAUUCCACUGGAAAUAGUGCACAUAAGCUUCAUGAUUAUUAAUCACUGCUUUAUUUUCUGGUCCUCUCUUUCGUGUUUGACUUACUUUGCUUGAGACAUAUUGUGUGUGUUGAUGCGAAUAUUCUUAAAUCUCAUAGUCUAGAAGAUAAUUGCUUUUGGCCCACCAUCAAUAAUGUUUUUUUCUCCUUUUGGGUGUUUACUAGACUAAGCAAAGUAUCAUAAUUCUUGACUUGAUAAGAUGUGGAGAAAUGAAAAUUUUGAGCUCUCCAGCUUAAGUUAGUGAAAGGCGCAUCUAGUGGAAUCUUUUACCUGUAAUCUGAAAUGUAUAUCAGGAUCGUCUUAACUUUUAG